GAUCGCAUCAAAAUAUUAAAUAAUAAAAAAAUAUUAAGAAGAAGAUAAUCAAAACCGAAAAAACCUAACAAAAAAAAAUCUAUUCAAAGGAAUUUGAUUUAAAUGGCCUAAAAUGACGGUACUUGUCAUAGUUCGAAAAUUAUGAGUGUCCAUUAUGAACUAAGUGAGUAAAAUGCAGACUAAGGUGCGUGUUGUGUAGUAAUUAAAUUAAGCAUCGACAAACCUCGGCGAGAACUGCAUUUCUUCUGAGCUGGUGUGGCUACCGAAACUUCAAUCAAACUGAAGCGAAAGUCAGAUCGACCUAUCAGCAUGAACAAAAUACUGCUAAUGCUGAUCAUCGCCAGCGGGUUCCUGCUCAUAAUCUACGCCAACAGCAGUAUCUUCAACCGGCGGAAUAUUCUGAUGAUUUUCCAAAAGUCGGAAAACUAUGGCAGCGGAGUCGAUCAUCCGGAAGGGUUAGAUAACAAUGUGUUGGCUGGCGGGGGAGGAACAGUGGCGAAGGUGGCACACUUGAUAGGCGGUGGUGGUGCCCGUUUCGGGGAGCUGAAGCGAGUCAAGUACGUUCCGAAAGAGAACAAUGCCACCGAGUAUAAUAUCUUCGUAAUCUACACGAAGGAGAGUCAGAACUCGAAUCUGAGAGACAAGUUCGAACUGUUUCUGAAGAGUUUGCUGAAGUACACGACUAUUCCGAUACAUCUGCAUGUGAUUACGGACGAGCAGAGCGAAACGUCAGCUGAGGAGCUGAUCCGGGAGCAGAUCGCUCAUUACCGGAAGGUGGUCUUUUACACCUUGUACGAUGUGAAGGAUUGCGCGGAGAAAACGAGCGAUAUCGUGAAGAAUAUGCUGCCUUUGUUCAAUUAUAAGACCGGAAGCUACUACAGUGACGCUUUGUUCUUAAUAUCGCUCGGAUUGCACCGGAUCGUUGAUGUCAACAUGAAGCGAGCAAUCAUCAUCGACUGUGAUGUUGUGUUUCGAUCGUCGGUGAAAGACCUCUUCGAUGAGUUCAAACGUUUCGGGUCCGAUCACCUGUUUGGCCUAGCGCCGGAAUUGACACCGGUUUAUCUGCACAUCUUGUUCAAAUAUCGUGCACAGAACCCACACACCCUGUUCGGAACUCCGUACUAUAUGAACAAAACCGCCAUCGGAAAUUCCGUGGGCGGUUUCUUCAGUCGAACGGCGAAGAAAACCAAACAUGGUUAUCCGGGGCUCAACUCCGGGGUCGUAAUGCUCCGGCUGGACCGCAUCCGACAAUCGCGGCUGUACGAGGAAAUCAUCAAGCAGGAAACGGUGAAAAAUAUGGUGGAGAAGUACUCCUUCAAGGGUCACCUGGGCGAUCAGGAUUUCUACACGCUGAUGGGAUUCGAGUUUCCGGGACUGAUCUACCGGUUGGAUUGCGUUUGGAAUCGCCAACUGUGCACCUGGUGGAAGGAGAACGGCUACGGUAAGGUAUUCGAUAGCUAUUUCCACUGUGAGGGGGCGAUAAAAUUGUAUCACGGAAAUUGCAAUACGCGGGUGCCGGAGUGAAUUUGGGGGCACGUAUUUUCGCGCAUUUUACUUCUCCAUGAUUUUGCUACUUUUCAUCGGGUGUCGGUGUUUCUGAAGCUAAUCUGCUGGCUUCUUUUUUGAACCGAAGUUUCUAUUCCCAAAAAAGGUUCAAAGAUUGAGGCAGUUUUAGUCGAUGUUGUAAUUUUUGUAAUGGUUGGUUGUAUGAUUCACUGUUCUGAAGAACAUACGAAAUCUCAUUUAAAAAAUUGCAGUUGGAAAUAAUGUGUUUUUUGGGCCACCUAUUUUUGACCUGCAUCAAAUUUUGUUUCACUUCGCAUGGUUGAAGUUUGGAUUAGGUGUUUACAUUAGGUGCUCGGCUGUUUAGUUUACCAUAUGAGUCUUCUUCUUCUCAUUGGCAUUACAUCCCCACACUGGGACAGAGCCGCCUCGCAGCUUAGUGUUCAUUAAGCACUUCCACAGUUAUUAACUGCGAGGUUCCUAAGCCAAGUUACCAUUUUUGCAUUCGUAUAUCAUGAGGCUAACACGAUGAUACUUUUAUGCCCAGGGAAGUCGAGACAAUUUCCAAUCCGAAAAUUGCCUAGACCGGCACCGGGAAUCGAACCCAGCCACCCUCAGUAUGGUCUUGCUUUGUAGCCGCGCGUCUUACCGCACGGCUAAGGAGGGCCCCCCCAUAUGAGUACUGUUUCCAAAAUCAGGAAAACUUUUUGAAAAUAUUUAUUUCUGUGAAUUUUGAAAACAAUUUCGGGAGCACUGACCUCUCAUGGGAAAGUAACAUAACCCUUGCCAUAUCCUUGCAGGAAUUUUUGUUUGUCUCAAUUUUAAACUCACUCAUAUCUCUAUGCUAUCGUCCAUGACACUAAUAAUAAAGAAAGGCAAUAAGAAUCAAAUAUAUCCCCUAAGGAACGCUUCCAGAGCUAUUUGUAAGGUUAGAUCGUUUUGGCUGCAAUUUUACCGCUACUAUGCGUACCUACAUUUUCCUUUAAAAAAGACAAAAAACAUUCCACUUUUGUGAUCUCAUUUUUUAAAAAUGAUCUGUUUUAAUUUUAACUCGUACUUUCAUGUUAGCGUUAAGUUGAAUACUAGUUUUAAAUCAGAAUUAAGUUUACUUUCGAAACAUCAUGUUUCUAACGCCAACUUCCAACUCUGUUGCAAUAUCUGAUGAAUCUGUAUCGAACUGCAAUUCUAGCGCAUUGAUUUUGAGAAAAUCUAUUAGAAAUUUUAUUCUCGUUUUCGUACUUUGAUAAGUGUUACUUAUUUUGAAUGAUUUUAUUAGGAUUUAGUUUUAACGAUUACGACAGCCGAUAUACGUACCUACGUGUGUAGAUUGUGAAAUAAAGGCGUAAUAAAAAUUAGCAAGUAAGGGAGUCCGACCCAUGUAGUUUCGUUCAACUGCUAAAGCAUGUUGAUCGUUGUUAAUAGUUGGACGUUGUAUAACAAUAUAAUCGACUGCAAUUAGGAUUUGAUUUCACGAAGUUUACUCUAGUGCUGAUAAAUUAGAAUAAUAUUAAGGCAAUUAUAUGCCGACGAACGAAUAUAUGCAGAAGGAAUUGAAUAUAGUUUUCUUUUUGAAAAAUAGA